AUGUCCUCUCCUCCCCUCCCCAUGCCCUCCCUCCCCCCGAGCCCCCUGGCCAUGGAGUACCUGAACGACUUCGACCUGCUCAAGUUUGAGGUGAAAUCUGACACCCCUCCUCUUCCUGCUCAGUGUGCGUUUCCUAAAUCAGGUCUCCCUCAUGACCCCUCCAGCUCCCCGUACACCAGCCAUCCUCCCCAGGACUCCAGCCUGAGCUCCAGCCCGUACAACUCACUGCCCCCCUCGCCGACACUCAGCGACACCCAUCCGCCUCCAUCCGGCUCUUCCUCCCUUUCCUCAUCAUCCUCCUCCAUCUCCUUCCCCCUCUCCAUCUCCAACAGCUUCACCUCUGGCGUAAGCUCCGCCUCCCAGGGCAACGUGGAGGGCAGCCCGGCCCACAGCGGGCCCCAGGGGCCUACCCCAGCCUCCCUGGAGGACCUGAUCUGGCUGGCAGCUCUUCAGCAGCAGUUUGGAGGAGAGGUAACGGGGCCCGCCACCCUGCUGGGAGCCCUGGGAGGAGUACCUGAGAGAGGGGACCGAGAGAGGGGGCCCGUCAACGGGUUCCUGGGCUGUGAGGAUGCUGUGGAGGCGCUACUGAACUCAGCUGCUGCAGCCGUCAGCUCACAGUUUCCGGGUCUUUCUCAGAGCUCCAGCAGUAACCUCGGCGACUCCAGCAGCGACAGUGGAGGUGACAUCUCCUGCACCAAAGGGGCAGACAUGUGCCACCGCCCGCUCGUCUUUCUCUCAUCUGCUCCUCCAUCGCUACCCGGCUCUACUCCGUACCCACAAGCCCUCAGCCCCUCAGGCCGCCUUCAUCACCACCAGCAUCAUCAUCAUCAGCACCACCCGCACCAUCCCAUGCAUGGCAACCAUCACCAUCACCACCACCCACAAGUUAACCAGUGCGGCGUGAACGAGCGCUUCUCCGACGAGCAGCUGGUGAGCCUGUCGGUGCGCGAGCUGAACCGACACCUGCGGGGCGUGAGCAAGGAUGAGGUGGUCCGUCUGAAGCAGAAACGACGCACGCUAAAGAACCGUGGCUACGCCCAGUCCUGCCGCUACAAACGACUGCAGCACCGUCACGCCCUGGAGUCGGAGAAGCACGUGCUCACACAGCAGUUGGAGCAGCUCCAGUGCGAGCUGACUCGGGUGCUGCGGGAGAGAGACGCCUACAAGGCUCGCUACGAGAAGCUCCUGAGCACCAACCACAGCAUCGCCAGCGACGCACCAGCAACCCGCACCAGCAACCCACCUUCACCGCCCCCUGACUACUUCCUCUGA